AUGUCACUAAGAAUAUCGUUGAUGCAUCUGAUGAAUGGUGGCAAGAUAAAAUUAAGAUAUUUGAAUGUAGAACCCAAAUAUGCAAAAUUCCAAUUUGAGGGUAUUAGUCCUGAGAUGGAGGAGAAGUUAGAUAGGAUGUUUUUGAACGUCACAGCCACAGGUAAGCAUUCUUGGGCACCUUCAUCUGGUGUACUUCCAGUUGAAAGUGAUGAUGAUGUCGAUCCACUUGAAGUUAACGGUGGAUCGAAUGAGUCUAUGCCAAUUGAAACCACUCACACUACAAACAAUGUUCCGAAAAAAGAGAACUAA